AUGAUCAGAGGAAGACAUACAGUUAGAGGGUUGUCUAGGAACCUUUAUAAAGUGAACACUUCUAUUCCAAUUAGAGCAGCCAGUUCUGUUGUUUGGAAUGGAAGCAAUUCAUCUAUAAAACCCCGUCCAUUCUUUUUGCCAUCAAAUACUCCAACUUUAAAAACCAUUGAACUGUUUUUGUUAGAUGAGCAACCAAAUUUAGAUAAAAAAGAUGAAUCAGUUAACAAAAAGGAGAAACCUAAAAAGAAGGAAACCCCUAAAAGGAAGGACAAGCAGGAAAAGGAUGAUAAAGACAUUGAGAAGAAGAAAGAAGAUAAAGAUAUUGAAAAAUCUGAUGUCAAUGAUGUUAGAACUAGCAUAGAUCCGAAUGCUCCUACUUCUGCAGGUGGUAAUGCCCCUCCAAGCAAUAACAACAACGAUGGUAAUGAUAACAAGGACAAGGAUCCUGAGUAUCCCAUUGAAGAAGACCUGGAAAGAGAACCUCGCAUCAAACCUAACAGAGAUGGAGAAUAUCCACCAUUAUUAGCCAUUCCAAUGAAAAGUCGUCCUCCAUUACCAUUAAGAACCACCAGCAUAUCCAUAACAGAUCCUGAAGUCAUUCAAGCCAUCAAAACGAUUUCCGAUAAAAGAGAAGCCUAUUUUGUAUUAUUCCAUGAGCGUGAUCCAGAUGCGGUCUCUACUGAUGUUAUCGAAAGCAAAGAGUCAGUACAUAAGACCGGGGUCAUAUGUGAAGUGAUCAAAUUCAUGGAAGAAUCAAGUCCAAAAUCAAUGACUAUUAUUGCCUAUCCUCUGGCAAGAUGUGAAUUAGUUGAUUUAAGUACUCCGAAUAUGAAGGGUGGACGUAUCGAACCCGAAGAUUUCCCAACCUCCUAUUUAAUGAAUAAGAAAGUUUCAUAUGGUACUGUUAGAGAGAAAAAGGAUCUCCCAUACGACCCUGAUUCACCAGAAAUUAAGGCAUUAAUUGAAACUAUGCAUACAUUAUUAGGUACUUUAGGUGCCCAAAAUCCAAUUCAAAACUUGAAAACUGGAGAAAUACCUAAGGAUCCCGCCAAGUUUGCUGAUUAUAUUGCUUCAAAUGUUCAUGCUAAACCAGAACUUAUUCAGGAGAUUUUAGAUGAAAGCAAUAUUCCACUUAGAUUAAGAAAAGCACUUGAAAUCUUAAAAGUUGAAGUUGAAGCAUUAUUAAUCAAACAAACAGCAAUGAGUGAAUUGAAUAAAAAGGCAGAGAAAGCCCAAAUUCGUGGGUUUAUUCGUGAAUUCAUUGCAGAAUUGCAAAAAGGUAUCGGUAUCAAGGAAGGUAAUCGUAUUGCAAAAUACGACGAAAGAUUAAAAAAAUUGAAAUUAUCAGAAGAAGCAAUGGAAGCUUAUAAUGCUGAAAAAGCCAAGGUAUUAGCUAAUUUAGACCAUUCUUCUGAAAUUGGUGUAAGUGAAAAAUAUAUUGAUUGGUUGACUUCCAUUCCUUGGGGUGUAUAUUCCAAAGAUCUGUUUAAUGUGAAAAAGGCAAGAACUAUAUUAGAUCGCGAUCAUUAUGGAAUGAAAGAUGUCAAGGAAAGAAUUUUGCAAUUCAUUUCAAGUGGUAAAGUUUCAGGUCAUGUCGAAGGGAAAAUUCUAUGUCUUACUGGUCCUCCAGGUACUGGUAAAACUUCAAUUGCCAGAUCUAUUGCAGAAGCCCUUAAUAGAAAAUAUGUCAGGCUUGCUGUGGGUGGUAUUCAGGAUGUUCAUGAAAUCAAGGGUCAUCGUAGAACUUAUGUCGGAUCAGUUCCAGGUCGUAUAAUUUAUGCAUUAAAAGAAGCAAAAACUUCAAAUCCAUUAAUGCUAAUUGAUGAAAUUGAUAAAUUGGAUCUUUCCGGAAGAGGAGGUGCAGCUUCUGCAUUUUUGGAAAUUUUGGAUCCUGAACAAAAUUCUGAAUUUGUUGAUACUUAUAUUGAAUGUAGAGUUGAUUUAUCAAAAGUUUUAUUUGUUUGUACAGCAAAUUAUCUUGAGAAUGUUCCUGCUCCAUUAAGAGAUCGUAUGGAAAUUAUUGAAGUUUCAGGAUAUACCAAGAACGAAAAGAUUGAAAUUGCAACUAAACAUUUAAUUCCAAAUGCAAGUAAAAAAGCUCAGUUGGAAAAUGGACAUGUUAUCAUUCCAAAGGAAACCGUCUCACUCAUCAAUGAUAAAUAUUGUAGAGAAAGUGGUAUGAGAUAUAUGAAAUCUUUGAUCAAUAGAAUUUUCAGUAAGGCUAGUUUGAAGAUUGUCGAGGAAAUUGAAGCUAGAGAAGAAGCCGAGGAAGCUAAAAAAGCCGAAGCAGAAGCCAAGAAGCAAGAAGAAACAAAGGAAGCCGAAGCCACGACAGAAGAAGUGAAACCGGAAGAAGAGCCAAAGGAAGAAGAGGUCGCUUCUGCAGACGAAAGCAAGGCUAAGGAUGAUAUUUCCAAGGAAUCGGAAGUAACCAAAUCUUCAUCAGAAGCAGAAAAGAAGGUUGACGAAGAAAGCAAACCCGAAGAAGCCAAAACUACCACUACUGAUGAAGUCAAACAAGCCGAAGAAGAAGAAGAACCUCACAAAUUAGAUAUCCCAGCAGAUGUUGUUUUUGAAAUCACUCCAGAAAACUUGAAAGACUACAUUGGUCCCCCAGUCUUUGAAAAGGACAGACUCUAUGACGAGCUUGUUCCCGGUGUAGCCACUGGAUUAGCGUUCCUCAACUCCGGGUUCGGCUCUGUUCUUUAUACCGAAUCUAUUUUAACCAAUUCAAUCUCUUCAGGUUCCGGACACGCCGGGGUGCACGUAACUGGUCGCUUAAUGGAUGUAAUGAAAGAAUCAGCUUCUUUGGCUUAUUCAUUCGUUAAGCUGUAUAUGGUGAAGAAUUUCCCUGAGAAUAGAUUCUUUGAAGUUGCAGAUAUUCAUAUGCAUUGUCCGGGUGGUAGUAUACCUAAGGAUGGUCCAUCUGCUGGUGUUGCAUUUACGUCUUCGUUGAUUUCUUUGGCCUUACAAAAAGCCAUGCCUGCCAAUAUUGCCAUGACUGGUGAAAUUACAGUGACUGGUAAAGUGUUGGCUGUUGGUGGAUUAAAGGAAAAGUUAUUAGGUGCCAAGUUAUAUGGUUGUGAUACUGUUAUUUUCCCUAAGUCUAUUGAGAAUCAAUUAGAAGAAAUUGAUGAUGAGAUUAAGGAGGGUAUUAAAUUGAUUCCUAUUGAAUGGUAUGAUGAAGCAUUCGAAAUUCUUUUCCCUGGCGUAACGAAAGAAGAAGGUAACAAGGUAUGGAAAGAAGAGUUUUCUAAAUUAGAAGACAAGAAGAAGAAGAAGGAAACGUAG